GUCCCUCCCUCCUCCUUCCCUCCCUCCCCCGCCAGGUGACAGGCAGCAGGUCGCCAUGGAGAACUCGUCUGUGGCGUCAGCGUCCUCAGAGGCUGGCAGCACGCGCUCGCAGGAGAUUGAGGAGCUGGAGCGCUUCAUCGACAGCUACGUGCUGGAGUACCAGGUGCAAGGCCUGCUGGGAGAUAAGAACGAGGCAGACCUGGACGGAGACAACAAGCCCCAGUCCCACAUCUCACAGUGGACAGAGGACUGCAACGACAGGAAAGAUGGGAGUUGGUCAUCCUCACGGGGGAGGGGCUCCACCAAACCGGAUGAGUGGGAUCACAGUAGUAAUGGCAGUACAGGGUCCAGGCCCAGCUCUGGUUCAAGGCCUGGUUCAGGCUCCAGGUCCGGUAGCCGAGGGAGGAACAACCAGUUCAGAGGGCCAGCCAAGAACGGGAACAGAGAAGGGGCAUUUGACAUCCUGGGUACUGACAUCUGGGCUGCUAACACCAUGGACUCUCAUGGGGGGGCGACAUGGGACCUCCAGCCUGAAAAGCUAGACUUCAGCCAGUUCCACAGGAAACCCUUCAGAGGAACACCAAAGCAUCUACCACACAUCGACAGAGAGGGGAUGAUGAAAGGCAAGUUUGAAGAUGAUGAUGAUGAUGAUGGCAUCGACCUGAAUGACAUGGAGAAGUUCCUGCCAGGCCUUACUGCUCUCAGGGGCCAGGAGCAGUCAGCAGGGGCCACUGAGGACAUAUCCGGCCUGGUCCGCUCCAGUUCCUUCCUGCAGAACAAAGCGACCAGGGGACUAGACUCAAGACGUCUCCUCAGACUGGCUGGCCCGCUCAGUCUACGUGCACCAGAGCAGGAGUCUCAGAGGGGAGGCAGUCAGCCAACCAGCCCUCGGGACUCGGGUCGGUGA